AUGUUAUCAGGUGCUGACCAAGAGAUAACUGAUGGGGUCACCAAAUCUGCUCAAGCUGUGCAAGCGGCAGAAGCUGGAAUUCGACAAAUAGGUUCUCUUGCUCGCCAACAGACAAUUUCAAUGAUUCAAGAGAGGGCAAGCCUACCCAUCAUCUCUUUGCAACCAGUUGUAGCUGGGGCUGCGAAGAAGACUUCUCAUGCUGUUGGCCAAGCCACAAAGUCUUUCAUGAGUAUCAUCUCUCGAGGUGAGUUUAGCCAGGUGAAUGAAGACGGGAAUACGGUGGAGAGGUUAGAAAACUAA